AUGGUCCUCCACGCUCUUUCGUUUGGUCUUGUCUCCUCCGUUUUGAGCUCCUCAGCGCUCGCCACCACUGUCUCUACGGCUCUCAAUAUCGUCAACCGCGAGGUCAACCUCGACGGUUACACCAAAUCAGCCACUCUUGUCAAUGGCACAUUCCCUGGGCCAAUCAUUUCUCUAAACAAGGGAGACCGCCUUGAGGUCAAUGUGACCAAGGGCUUGACCCAAUCGAACGGUCUCGACUUGGUCACGACAGUGCACUGGCACGGUAUUGACCAGCUUCGGUCAAACUGGGCCGACGGUGUAGCUAGCGUGACACAGUGUCCGAUCAUCCCAGGCAAUUCAUUCGUUUACAAUUUUACUGUCCCUGAUCAAGCAGGAACAUUCUUUUACCACUCCCACUACGGCGGCCAGAUGUGCGAUGGCCUGAAGGGUGCACUCAUUGUGCGAGACCCUAAUGACCCUCUGCAGUACCUGUAUGAUGUCGAUGAUGAUAGCACGGUACUCAGUCUCAGUGACUGGUACCACUUCCCGAGCCAGAAGAUGUCUGGCGUUCCUGAGUUUGACUCUGUGCUCAUCAACGGCAUCGGUCGCUACGUGGACGGACCGACUGAUAACGCUCUCGCUGUUGUUAAUGUGAAGGCCGGGACUAGAUACCGGUUCCGUCUGAUAUCCAUGAGCUGUCUGCCCAACUUCGUCUUCUCCGUCGACAAGCACACCCUUACCAUCAUCGAGGCCGAUGGUAACUCGGUCAUUCCGCAUGACGUUUCUUCCUUGCAGAUCUUUGCGGGGCAGCGCUAUUCCUUCGUGCUGAACGCCAAUCAGCCCAAGGACAACUAUUGGAUCCGCGCUGCGCCGAACUCGGCCACCAAUAACAGCACCGGGGACGGUCUUAACAGCGCUAUUUUGAACUACGAGGGCGUCGACGUUGCAGAUCCUAGCUCCCUGAACACCGCAUUGAACAACCGCCUCGUCGAAACCGAUCUCCAUCCACUGGAGGCGUCCAUCGUCCCUGAUGCCGAUUUGGUUAUCGACCUGGACUUCAACUUUAAUACAACCUCUGGUCUUUUCACCGCCAACAAUGUUUCGUUCUCGAUGGAGAACUCUAUGCCGACUCUGCUUCAGAUUCUGAGCGGGAACCAGAGGGCCGAAGACCUGCUGCCUUCGGGGAGCAUCUAUAGCCUUCCGCGUAACCAAACCAUCGAGUUGCGUAUGCCCGCUCGCUCUGGUAUCGAGGCGAAGAGCGGUCCGCAUCCAUUGCAUCUUCACGGUCACUCUUUCUGGGUUGUUCAGUCGGCUGGGAAUGCUACGGAAAACACUAUUGAUCCGAUCAUGCGUGACGUCGUCGCGAGCGCCGUUGACGCCAACGACAGCACUUCCGUUGUCAAGAUACGUUUUAGGACGGACAACCCUGGUCCUUGGAUCUUUCACUGCCACAUUGAUUGGCAUUUGGCCAACGGAUUUGGCGUCGUAUUCGCCGAGGACAGCGCCAGCGUCGCGGACGAGGUCGUCCCAUCACCAGGGUGGAAUCAGAUUUGCCCCGCAUAUAACACGUUCAUAAAGGAGGGAAAGUGA